GUGGCGUUACUCAAUUACUAUCCACGCAGCUCGGGCAUGGGUUACAGCGCUGGAGCCUUUAGCGCCGCUCGCACACAGACACCUGCAGAGCUGGUGGGGACCACUGGAACAUCUCGCUCUCUUUGCCUCUGCAGGUUGGUGACUGACGAUGACUCAGUGAAUUACAGCAACAAACUGAGACCGCGAGACCCUCCCCUAUAGUUUUCCUUGCGAUUUCCCAGCCUCUGCAAGUGGGAAGAGAGAAAAGAGGGAAAGAGCCGCCUCCGCUGCUGGACCGAUGGAGAAGAAGCGAGGAUCUUCUCAUCAGUACGGUUCACUGGAGCGCACUGAAUGGAGUAGAGACACCAAUAAACCAGAGGACGACGUGGUCUCCAUGGCAGACUCCACCAUCACUGUGGAUGACAUUGAGGGGGAGCUCUUUAAGAUUGAGAGGAUCAGAGAUGUCCUGGUCAGGAGGGAGUCAGAGCUCAGAUACAUGAUGGAUGACAUUCAGCUGUGCAAGGAGAUCACUCGUCUGAAGAAGGAGCUGCACAAAUUAGUGUCCAUUCCAGAUAACGACAAGUCCAAUGAGGACCGGCAGAAGGAAGAAGAACUGCUGCAGCAGAUCCACAAGCUGGUUGAGACAAGAGAUUUCCUGGUAGACGACGUGGAGUUUGAACGACUCAGGGAGAAAGAAGAAGAUAAAGAAAUGGCAGAUUUUCUGAAGUCUAAAUUCCCAAGAAAUAUGAAGAAGACAGGUGUACCAACCAGACGGGUGCCAUCCAGGGCUCAACAGACCUCCUCUCCCUUCACCAAGACAGGCCUCACCCUGCUGAAGGAGUGCUGUGGCUUCACGUGCUCCAUCAUGUAGACUGGGGCCAAAAUGAAGAGCCCCGCUGUUGGGCUGAUACAGGGGCUGCAAACCAAAAUGGCCGUCCCACAAGAGUCAAUAUUUCCAGUUUCAGCUUUUCAGUCUGAGAAAGACUUUGAAACAUGGAUGGAGCAGCACAGAUGAGAAUUUCUCAGAGGGAGAGUAUAGGAUGUUGGAUAGUUGAUGUGGUGUGUUUUUAAUCCCAAGACUAGAGUUUGUCUUGUGUUGGAUCUGUUUUGUGUGUCUCUCUCUCUCUCUCUCUCUCUCUCUCUCUUUCUUCCUUGAUUUCAUGUCUGAUUUUAUUUUCAUUCUCUCUCUCUCUGCUCACCAUAUCUCUCUUUGCAUUCCUGUUUCAUUCUGCUGUUACUUCUCAGCCAACUUUUCGA